AUGGGGCGGGGCUUGGGACAGAUUUCUAGCCACGCCUCUAGUUUUCUGCUCCGGGCCCAAAGAAGGUCGUCUCUUGGUGCCUUUCGUCGCUGGGUGGCGUUUCUCCCAUCGGACGUGUCUCUAGCGCACUGGGAAGGGGCUACGCGAGGAAAGCCACGACGGGCCGAGAGCCCCUUGCCGUUGGCUCCUAGCCUGGGAGGUCGCUGGCGUGGCCGCUUCUCCGUGGAAGAGCGCUCGAGCGAGCGCCUGCGCCGGGAGAUUGAGCGGCAGCUGCGCCAGGAGCAGCGGGAGGCGCGCCAGGAGCUGCAGGGACCGCUGCUGGGUCAUGCCGCCGGCCUUGGGCACGCGGCUGUGGGUCCGCCAAAGGCCAGAAGCUCUGCCCCUCCCUUGCUUCGCCUACGGCCAAAGGAAAGCGGAAAAAGUACAUUUAUUAAACAAAUGAGGAUAAUUCACGGGACUGGCUAUACAGAAGAUGACUGGAAGGGCUUUGCAAAAUUGGUUUAGCAAAACAUAUGUACUGCUAUGCAAACUAUGAUCAUAGCCAUGGACACUUUAAGUUUACAAUAUUCAUCUGAGCAGAACAAGGUAUUUUUUUCUCAUCAUACUCUGCUUUCUUCUCAUUGUUACCUUUCAGACAUGGACCGUAUUGCCAUGACAUCGUAAGUGCCAAAUCAGCAAGAGUACUAUGUACUCAUAGUAAGAGUGCCAACUAUGGGAAUUAUUGAAUACCCCUUUGAUUUAGAAAAUACAAUAUUUAGAAUGGUGGAUGUUGGCGGACAGAGGUCAGAAAGAAGAAAGUGGAUUCAUUGUUUUGAAAGUGUUACUUUCAUAAUAUUCUUAGUUGCUCUAAGUGAAUACGAUCAAGUCUUGAAAACAAUUGGCUAAAAUGGCAUCAUUCUGCAUAUGCUUGCUGCCCCAUGGACUGUCGUCCUCUUUACCAUCCUUUAUCUUAGCCUCUCCACACGCACACACACCCCCUCCAGUGGCGGACCUAAGCAAGAUGUCAAAGCUGCCAGAGAGUUUAUUUUGAAGUUAUACCAGGAUCAGAAUCCAGACAAAGAGAAAGUGAUUUAUUCCCAUUUUACAUGUGCCACCGACACAGAGAAUAUUAGAUUUGUCUUCGCGGCUGUCAAGGAUACCAUACUGCAGUGGAAUCUAAAGGAGUUCAAUCUGGUGUGA